AUGGCUAUCUGGGAAGACCGAAGAAACACGUCAGUCUCCAGGAAACAAGCCCCCGAAGUCGCCUACACCACAUCUACGAAAAGGAAAGAUACCAAGGCCUCCAGGGGUGUCUCAGUUCUGUUUCAAUCUCACUCUCUCAACAUUUCCAUUCACUCCCCGGAGCACUGCGAUGCAGACUGGAUGGCGAUUCCAGACAAUAUCAAGAAUAACGUCAUUCUUCAAGAUAGCUUCGAACUGCCUCGACUUGAGUCGCUUUGCGAGGAGCUACUCGCGGACAUUCUCGAGAAACGUCUCGCCGGAUUCGACCCAGAAUAUUACAUCCGACAAGUUGAUUUACAUGGAGGCACAAGAAAAGUUACAUCUGAGCUGGUUUCCCAUGUCGACCGUGAAAUUCUCCCUCUUCAACAAAACAAGAUCACAAGAAAACUGCUUGACCAAGUUCGAGGAAGGCAAAAUUCACCUUGGGCUGGCGGUUCAGGCUACACUAAUUAUGUCACAGAUGAUCGGAAUGACGAAUACUUCCGACAAUAUGUUGGACAAAGCUUCCAGGCAAGUGUGCGUAUUCGAGGUGAUCAUCGGCGAGACAUUCAGGAAGGCCACCAUACAAGUCUUCAUCACUUCAUUCUCUGGAUCGGAAACGGUCAUAGGACUGCAAACUUCAUUCGCCUAUGGACUUUACCCCAAUCAGGGAGUGAGAAGGAGAACAAACAAUGGGCUGACACCAAGAUGAACCUCCUUGAGGCGCUUUUUUUUAAAGCUUUCCGGACCCAUCAUGGCUUUCUGAAUAGACCACAUGGAGAUGAAUCUCUUUUCGGUCAAUUCAAGAGCUUUGGGUUGAAUGUCAUGACACCAUUAAAGCAGAACCAGUCUUGUCAUCGCACAAUCAGGAUAGCUUUUACAAGCUUACCUCAAAUCAGCCCUGAUGAGCAAAUCAGCUACUGGUCUUUGAUAUUCAGAGGAAAUCAAGCCAAAAUGGAGGCUAUUCAAUCUGAGCAGCAAGUCAGACUCCGAAAUGAGCAAGCAGUAGUAGACAUCUGGUCUACUCUACAAGCAGCGCUCAGGAACGAGUCGUUGUUUCUCUCUGUGAAGGAAUCCAUAUCAGCAGACGCUAAGGAUGUCGGUCCAUACCCCGAUCUAGCAGACUAUCCGUCAUUCUUGGGAUCAUUUUCCGCAAAGAUCGGAUUUGUUGUGGAUCGUAAUCCUUUCGAAAAAGCCUCUUCUAUGGAUACGCCGCAGACCGAGGACAGAUUUCCAUGGGCGUUAGGACAGUGCGGUUUUAACACCGACAACGCUCUAUUAUGGAUGGUCGAAUCCGAUCAGAGUCAGGCCCUCAAGUCGAACGAUUUUGUGACCACAAGGGAUCAGAGUACUCACCAACAGAAGUUGCUGAACUGCAGUAAUGCAAGAGUGAUUCUCUUACAUGGACGCCGCGCAGAGAAGGCCAUGGAUUUACCUUCAAUGAUGGGUUUUGCCUUGACGGUUCACGGAUCUCAACAUGACAUCUACAUUGCACGUUCCAAUGGUACGAUCUCUCACCGACUCAUUAUUUGCUGCCCACGUCUUCCCAACGAGGCCUGGCAGCCAAGGGAUGCUACUAAAUCUCAACUCUCUGAGAUAUUUCGCUGGGCUACAUUUGCAGUAUCCUUGUCAGGCGUAUAUUGCUACGCCUUGGAAACAACGUGUAUCCUUCGCAGGAUCUUCCAGUGGAGGCGGUUGGAGAAGAAUGGAAUCAUUUUUAACCAACCCCUCGAUGAAGAUACAAAGCUUUGGCUAGCUCGCAAGGGCAUAUCUAAAGAGGCUUUUUCGAAGAUCCAUACCCUAGCAGGCUCAGUUCCUCGAGCUUUAGUCGCCAUUCUUAUCUCUUUAUCAACAAGAUCAGAUAGACGACUAGGGCCAAGACCAAAGCAGAGCGCCUCUCCCUCAAAAACGCACCCAGACACCAGCUCAAUUCCUUUUGGCCCAGAACUUCGUUCGGUACAGAAGAUGAUAGGAGAGAUUUCCAAACAGAGAACAGAACAGGUGGCGAGAGAACUUGAUGAACGUGGUUUCACAAAGUUCGGUCCACCCGAUGAAGAUCAAGCGGACUCUAUCAGAGAAUUAAGUGGGUUACUGAAGCAAGAGAAUGCUGCGACUGAGCAAACGCCGCUCAAGCCAGAGGUUAUUGCUGAAGUCAAAUCAAUCCUUAUUGAGGCCCCUCUUAUGGAGCAUAAAGCCCGGGAUAUAGAAACCGACCUGGACCUUGACAUUACGAGUGUCAACCAAAUCUGCAAGGAGGCAAUUCUGUCUUUCUCGACCGCCCCUCUCAGGAAGAGCAACAAGCACAUUUACAGUUGGAGACAAGAGAAAGAUCGAUUCCGCGACAAAGAAUACCCCUAUCACCUUAAUCUCAAUCCACGGCUGGAUUACAUCAAGUUCAAGGUGCACUUCUGCAACGUUUUCUUUUCAAAACUUGAAGAUCUCGGGGAUGGAAUCGUCAAUGUCAAGAUUGAGAUAGAGAUGGAUAAGCAGGAGCAUCCACAAUAUUACGCUACAGGGGCAUUGGCAUCAGAUCCGGCGAGAAGAUUGGCCUUGAAGCUCAGGUGGCAUACAUCAUCUGGAAGAGAAGUGCAAAGGUACUACCGCUAUCCAGAUCUGAAAGCUCCUCACAGAGCGAAUACCCUUUUUGAUAUGCUAGUUCACGGGAAGUCCUUUGAGGAAAUCGCUCAAUUACCAAGACGGUAUAUCGACUACAGCGGCAAUCCCCCUCCUGGGUUUGAAAGAUUCAAGAAUGGGGGUUACACUUCGGAACUUCUAGUCAUAGAUUGA